UUUGAAAAAAGAAUAAAUUUUAGUCGCUGUACAACAACUCGGUUCUCCUCUUUCCAAUACCUUGAUUCGAAUAUCUCACUUUUUUCUUUUAAUCAAUAAUGGAAUUCGAUGAAGUCAAUAGAUUUUUACAACAUAAGAAACAAAUAAGGAAUCUUAACCAUACAGAAGAUGAAGUGCUCAAUACUUAUCUUUAUCACCAGCCUCUACUGUAUAAUUUACCAUCUACUUCUGCUACCGCUUCUACGACAAACUUCGAUGCCAAAGAAAACAAAAGUAAACCAACAGUUACGAGAAAACCUACUUUAUCAGAUUUCGUACAUAAAGUGAAACAUCAAUCAAGUAUGGCAAAAUUUGCAAGGGACUAUAAGCGUUUGCUGGGUGAGGAGAAAGACAAUCAUCCAGCUGAAAACAAUGCUGAUGUGCGUAUUAUUGACUCCAUCAAUAUCCGGCACGUGAAUACACAGCCAAAGAUUGAUAUUGAUAUAGUCAAGUGUACUGACGAGCAGCAAAAUGAAAUCAAGAAGAAAGAAUUAAAGAAGGUACACAUCAAUGAAGAUGCAAAUCAACAACAACUUAUAGGCUCUCUUACACCAAUUGAUAGCAGCGACUUAAUGUUUAUGGUGAGUAACAAAGAUUUUGUUAACGACAUCAAUGAAUUUGGCCGUAAGGAUGGUAGCAGUCAACCAUUUAUCGUAUUUGACACAGCCAUUCAACAAACAAAACACUACAUCGAGCGACUACAGGACCAAAUUGAAAAGGAACUGUCCAAUAUUCGGUUAUAUCGAGAAUCCAUACUUCAUUAUUCAAAUAGUUUGAAUGUCUUAUAUCAGGAAAACUUAUCAGAGCAACUCUAUGAUCAGACGCUUUUACAGCAAGCGGCACCUUUGUUACAGGAAAUGAGAGAUAUUCGAGAAAAGAUAAUUACUGAAAAUACUCUCAAGAUCCAAUUAUACAGAAAAUGUAACGAAUCAAGUUUAGCGCGGUUCGAGAGGAGAUAUUAUAACAACAGUAACAGCAAGAAACAAAUUGAUUUGGAAGAACGAUUUAGAGAAUUAGACACGAGGAUUAAGCUAGCUUAUAAAAGGCACGAAAUAUGGUCCGGAAUAAGAGAUUGGGGCCUUUUCUCAAUUCUGUUGGUGACAUUCAUUCUUGCAGGCUUUCUUGCAUGGCAAUAAUUUUAUUUCGAAAAAUAAAAAAUGAUAUAAAUAUAUAGUUUGUAGUAUA